AUGGGUUCCGCUGCUUCAAAACCCGCCAAGUCAGCUGCCGGUGCAGCUGCACGUCGUCAGUAUCCUAAACAGACGGUUCCUCCACCGCGGGGGCCCCGCAAAGCUGCGAAGGAAGCGAAAACAUCGCCUACACCCGCGCCUACUUCGGCACCCACACCCCAAGCCAAUCCCUCGCCUCAUCCCAAGCCUCAUCAAGCACGUGCACCUCCACCCCAAGGUCCAACAUACCAUUCCAAGGAGAAGGCAUCCAGUGUGAAAUCUGAUGCCAUUGAUAUGGAUGGCCGUGACCCCGACUUCGCUGCCUCCCUCCGCUCAAUCGGCCCUGUGAACCCAUCCCCCACAUUCUCAAAUUCCAGCACUGUCAAUCGCGCCGGCCCAAUGCAGACUGUUUUCCCACAAGCCUCCAAUCCGGCACUUCUUACCGUCACUUCUCGGCAACGUCUUACGGAGGCAGCGGACAAAGAAGCUGAGGACUUUGGUCGCGCAGGUCACCCGGGCCGAUCCUUCCUGGACGCCUUGACCAUUCAGCAGGUGCUGACCAUGCGGGAUAAGCAAGGCAUGCGCCGGGGAGAUAUCGAACGGUUCCUUGGAUUGAAGAAGGGUGUCUUGGAACGCCUAGGCAAGGACGAGAUUGUGUCGCGCAUUACAUGA